UUCUCUCCAUAUUCAGAGUCUCUCGAAAACGAAAAACAUCGACAGAUGGCAAAGAUCAUGUUAUGAUUGAUAUUUCCAAUUAAACUCAUGUAGCCCCAUCGCAAUAACGGUAGUUAAUAAAAAAAGUGCUAUAAAUACCGAAAAAAAUAUCUAAACAACCACCUAAAUCAAGUACCCGAUAAUUUCGCUUGAUCUAUAAAUAGAGAAGUUUGAAAAUAAUUGAUAAAAAUCGUAGUCGGGGAGAAAAAAAAAGUUGAGUGUGCAUCGAAGGAAGAGAGAUAGAGAGAGAAUUGUAGAGGGGACGAAUGAAACAUGGCGUUUGUUUCUUUCAUAUGUUCCGAAAAUUCUAUUCGUUAAUUGAUUUUUUUACCACUAUUCGCAUCGAUGACGCGUGUGCCACAUCCCCGGAUAGUAAAAAAGCCCGAGGAUUUUGGUUAUUAGAGUGUUUAAUGUUGUGGGCGUUAUAAAUCACAGAGAAUCUCAGACCUAGGGUAAAAAAAUAAUCAUCAAACAAACCGUUGGCGCAUCGCCCAUUCACGAUAUCACAUUAUUAAUUGGAAGAAGUUAAUUACACGAGGAUAGAGUGAGAGAACGUCGAGGGCAAUUGAAUUAUGAAGGGGUAUUACAACAAAUGUGACUAUUGGAAUGCAGAAAAUUUAUGAGAUAUCGAGGGAAAAAUGACGUCACGCAGUUACACGAAAUCGUACAGUCGUAAGGUGAAUAGUGUUACACCAGGUAGUAUACAAUUUGACAAGCUAUUUCGUGAAAAUAGCAAUCGUCCAUCGGCUGCUAAAUCAGCGGGGACUGUUGGGAAAUGGGGGAUCACGUCCUUCACGUCCAUUCGAAGUACCAACAUCAAUGGUCGACGAGAUGACAUCCAGCGAACGUUCGGUGCGAAGAAACCAAAACUCGACUACUCGAACCAAAACACUCAAGUCCCUCCCAACGAUCCCUUUUCCUUUUCCCCCGACCUGGACCCAAAGUCCUCAACACCGAGUCCCUCAGCCCCAAAGCCAAAAAAGUUCUUCAAGUCCCGAAAUACCCCAGCUCCAAUUCCACAAGAGGUUCGCACAGAACUACCCACCUACCGCCAAGUACCUGAUCCCGAAAAAUAUCCGAAAAAAUCGAAACAUCCACCCCCAAAGCCCGCAAAGCCCCUGAGAAAGACGAGUGAGAGCCUCGACGGUAGUUCGAGUGACACAUCAACUCGUGACGAUGGAAAACCACCGAUAGUCCUGAGGAUCUGCAAGGGAACAGCUCGCCUCUUGUCAGGUGACAGUCAGGAGCCAUCAGAGGAACCUGAAACCUAUCGUGUGAGCACACCAGUGAGUCCGACGAAGAGCGAGCCAGAUCGCAAAAGCUUCAGUCCAGAAAUAAAAUCAGAUCGUCCCACAAGAUCUCAACAGCCCACAGUAACAACAGUAUCAAUUCCCCUUGACAGCCCAGAGCUCUCAACCCGCAGAACAACUCGCAGUCGAGCCAAAAAUCUCAACCUGGAUAUCACCCCAGCUCCAAUUAUCACGUCACCCCCACCUACAACUCCAACCACCCAGAGUUCAGGUCUCUCCCUGACCCUGAGAAAAUCGAUAACUGACUCAAACAACACCUCGAUCUCUCACUAUGACAUCGUUAAGACUGACUGCACGAGUUACAAGCCAAUAGUUGAGCCCCUGAUUGGUCGGGACCAGCCACUGCCAACGACGACACAAGAGCUGAUUGAUAUUUUAUCGAGUGACAACGACAGGCCUGACAGACCAGACGAUCCUGAACCCCAGAGGCAUGAAGAUUAUAUGGAACCUGAAACCUAUCGAGACCCAGUGCCUCAGCCAGCCCCAGAAGAGCCACAACCCCCUGACGACAAGUCAGCAGCUAAAACACUGCUCGAUCAGGACUGGUUUUCAGGCUCUGAGGACUCUGAAGCUGCCAGUGGCAACACUGAGGUACCAGCACCCAGUCCAGGUGAUCAGACACCUGCACCAGUAAAACCCGUUACCAGGGGAAGCAUCUUCAAGAGCAGAUCAACAGGUGCCACCAAUGGUAAUAAAAGGAGGGCACUGUACAAGCACAAGUGGUGUGACAACGACAAGGAGUCAAUUAUUCCAGAGGCUGCCGCUGUAACAGCAGCACCCAAUGCUGCAUCGGGCUCUGGUGCCUCUGGUCAAACCUUCGACGGUGAACUAGAUGACACUGACAAGUUGACGAGAGUCGUAACCUAUCCAGAGACUGACGACAUGGAUUUCAAUGAUGACGCCGAAGCAAUCACCAGCAUUCGGUGUGGAAAGAGAGUUAAAGGUUUUUAUACUGUUGUUAAAAAUGUUAAGAAGGCACAUCAGAUUCAGGAGAGUGGAGAGUUUCAAGAGUUUAAUGAUGAUGUUGAGUAUAUUCUGGAUACGUUGAGAGAGAAUAAUCCGAAUGCCACUAGGUGCUUGUCAGCCAUAAGACUGGCAAGCAAAUGCAUGGCACCUGCCUUCAGAAUGCAUGUCAGGGCCCAUGGAACGGUGGCAAAAUUUUUCAAGGCUCUUCACGAUGCCACAAAGGACCAGAGCCUGGGACUCUGCACAGCUACUGUGAUGUUUGUCCUCAGUCAGGACAGGCUGGCGAUGGAUCUUGACAGGGACUGCUUGGAGCUGAUGCUGAGUCUUUUGGAGUCUGAUGCCAGCCACAAAGAUGCACUUGACGACUGUGGCCUCAGCAGGGCUGAGCUCCUCAAGAAUAAGGAGAAGGUUAGGCAACUUUGUGCUGAUAUUCAGGCACAAGGGCACGCCAAGCAUCUCAAUCUUGAUAAUAUUACGGUUGGGCAGUUGGCAAUGGAGACACUUCUCAGUCUGACAUCUAAAAGAGCUGGCGAGUGGUUCAAGGAGGAGCUCAGGGAGCUCGGGGGUCUCGAGCACAUCGUCAAGACCAUCAAGGAGUGCCAUCGAAGUAUUGUGGCUUCCGAUGUUACUAGGUCUGGCUGGAAUGAACCUGUUCUUGACAAGUUGAGGAAAGUUGACAGGUGUCUCAGGGUUCUCGAGAAUGUAACACAGAAGAACGAAGAGAAUCAGAAUUAUCUGCUCAAGUAUGACGAUGGAGUGCUCGUCAGCACUCUUUCGAAUUUGUAUUAUCUCUGUGGACAAGAGAUCUCCAUCUAUCCAAUUGUUGAUAUCAGUGACAAAACAAGCACUGGAGCUGUUAUCAGGGAGUGCAUCAUUGCUAUCCUCAAUGUGCUUAUUAAUUUGACUCAUCGGUUCAAUAGGCAGUCCUUUGGCAGUAAAUCACUUGGUGCCCAAAGUGGAGUUGUUGACUGCAGUUUGAAUCUUUUGUUGCGUGUGCCAGAGUCUCUGCCUGAGGAGAAACGAUUUGACAUGAUGAUGCUGACACUUAUUCUACUUAUUAAUUUAGUUGAACAGUGUGAGGAUAAUAAGAAGAUGCUCAUGGAAUCCAAAGCACCACCUUCGUCUGACGAUUUAUUCGAUCGAACUGAGAGUGGGGUUGAAGCACUCAUCGAUCUCUUCUAUAAGCAGGAGGAACUUGCUAUCAGUGAGGAGCAGAAAACUGAUGCCAUUCUUGAUGGGAAAAAGGACUCUGAGCAGACCGAGACUGUUAACAGCACUAAGGAGACGCAAGAUGAGUUCAUUGAAAAGACUGUACAAAAAUUGCUGCAAAAGGCUGGAAGACACAUGGAACACACACUCAUUGGUGCCUACGUGGUUCUACUGCUGGGAUAUUUAAUUAUGGACAACAAGGAGUAUGAGACUUGGGUGCGAGGGAAGAUCCCCGGGAAUAAUUUCGCUACGAUGGUGGCUGUUCUUCAGAAGUUUUACAAUUUCAUGAAUUUGACAGUAUCGAGUGAGGCCAGCAGCUGUGGUAUCCAGGCAACAGACAAGGUCAUCAAGUUCCUAAAACUGUCAGAUGCCAGAAUCGAGGAGGAGAGGAAUGCGCUGCCAUUGCCAGCACUGGAGGAAUCUAGUAUUAUGCUCGACUUAUCCUCGUCCUGAUCGCUAAAGUAAUGAAAAUUAUCACCGCCCUCCACUGCUUCGAGUUGUCCAGGGCUGAGUGAAAACGUAAUUAGAAAAAUAAAAGGAAAUGAAAAAAGCCACUGAGACAGUUGUUUCACGACGACCACCAUAUAUUUUGAUAUAUAUUUAUUCAUCCACAUAAUUUAUUGCUGUACGAUUUAUAAAUCUGUUCCCAUGAUUUUUUUUUCUUCCAAGAUGUAUUCAACCGAUUUCAGUUACUCUGAAUUAUUUCACUGUAUUUUUAAAAUUUUAAGAUUUUAGUUGUUACUUAAAGAUGUGACAUAGGAUUGAACGCAAAGCAAAAAAAAAUCGAAAAUCAUUUGUACGUAAAUUGCGGGUCCACUAUUAUCGAAUGUUCGAUUAUUGUUCACGAAAUCAUUCGAUGGAAGAGACAAGAGUUUAUCUACUCAUCAGCAGUUGCACGCAUAAUCAUUGAUCUUGAGCAUCUUGCCCCGAUAACUAUGAAUCAAUUAUUGUUGAAAAAGAUGAUGUUCUUUUACAUUUUCCGAGUCGUUCAGAAAUUAUUAAACGCGGAAAACUCGAAGUUUCGAGAUAAUUCAGGGGACGAACGUAGGCCACUGAUUAUUCGAAUAAUAGUGUUAUGCAGUCUAAGUUUAUUUUAAUAUUAAAGAUGGAAAGAAAAUCAUAAAUCUAAAUUAUAAGCAUUGUACAUGUAAAUUUAUAAAUUAUAAUUAUUGUACCUUACAUAUUAAAAAUGAAACAAACCAAUUAA